UCUUGUGUGCUGGCUGCGAUUGCUGUUACCGUCCCGCGGGUUAUGGGACAGCAGUGACGCUUCAAGCACUCCUAAUUUACUGUGUGCUGAGUAACUUUCUGAAGUGACAGUCUUCGCGCCGUGUGUCUCCUGCCGGCAAACGAAGGAGCAUGACGCGGUGGUGGGGCUUGGUGGCGGUGGUGGUGGUGGCGGUCUGCAGGGUGACGCAGGCAACAGAGGCGACGCAGGCUGCUGGGCCGCUGACGAAGGAAGAUCUGGAUUUGCUACAUCAACAGGUGGAGCAGGAUGAGAAGCUGGAAUGGGUGGCGAAUAUCCUGGAGAAAGAAGGAACUUAUGAUCCUAUGAAGUCGAGGGUGGCGCCUGCUCCUGACGGCGGUCCUCCCAGGGUGCAGCGCGGCAACUCCAGGGUGAAGAGAAGCUUCGAUGACUUCGGGAAUGACCCCAUGAUGUCGAGGAUGGCGCCCAGGCAGUGGCAGCCAGACUCGGGGCCGUACGCCAUCACCGCGGAGAGGCUGAAGGAGAUCCGCGCCCAGAAGAUGUACCCUUACUUCGACGCGGACCAGAGGGGCGGGAACGGCGACCUGGAAGUGAACAUCAACACACAGAACACGCAAGUCAACAAGCAACUCAACUUCCUCCUCCCCUUCUUCGGAUUUGGUCUCAACUAUACUUGGGUCUCCCUCAACGGCUACCUGGGGUUCUCAGACGCUCCCUUCAACUGGGCCAACUACCCGCUGAGCUUCCCCGUGCAGGACUGGCCCACGAGACCCGACCCCUCCUUCAUCGGGCCCUUCUACUCCAAGUGCAACAUCGGGGAGCUGCGGCCCGGGGAUGACUACAGCAAAAGGCCCGGUGUCUACUGGAGGAUGGCACGUGAUCUGCCGUCUCGCGAGGACCAGUUCAGCGUGGAGCUUCGGGAGCGGCUCAUGUGGGACAUCCGGGAGGGCAUGGUGGGCACGGCGAUCUUCAGGCCAAAGCACGCCAUCAUUGUCACUUGGAAGAACGUGACCUUCGCUGGGGGCUCCGUGAACACUGAUGCCAAAUUUGUGACGAACACCUUUCAGCUGGUAGUGGCCACGGAUGAGAUCAGAACCUACACCAUCUUCAAUUAUGACUACAUGUCUUGGACAUCUCACACUGAGGCAGGAGGCUCUACUGACGAAGGCCAAGGCGGUGUACCAGCUUUUGUCGGGUUCAACGCAGGCAACGGCACCAGGUCUUACGAGUACACACCCUACAGUCAGAAGCUUUACAUUCGUGACCUCGCUGUGGCAGGGAACGCGAACGGCUUCCCUGGGCGACACAUGUUCAGAGUGGACGAGAAGAUUCUGGCGGGCUGCUGCAGGAGGGAGGAAGAACUGAAGGAGUACCCGCUGACAUUCUCCCCGGAGCAAGGGAACAUGCUGGGCGGCACGCUGGUAAACCUGACGGGGCCCUGCUUCAAGACCAGCUACCGCCUCACUUGUCAGUUUGAUACCACGGCUGUCGAGGGCUACAUCCUGGACGACAACCGCGCCACCUGCAUCAUGCCUCAGCUCUAUGUCUCUGGCUACGUGGACUUCUCUAUCUCUAUCAACAACGGGCCGUAUUACUGGAAGGGGAAGUUCUUCGUUGAGACGCCCCUGACGGCUCCUGAGGGCGUGUGGUUCAAGGACGACAAGUACCAGCACCACUCCCCAGAGGUGCUCAACGUGGAGUGGCUGGCGGGCAACCUCACCAUGAACCGGGACGCGCAGGCGCAGAUAUCCCUCUACGGCUACAGGGAGAUCAGCAUCAAACCAGAGAUUGUGUAUAUUGACAUGCUUGUGGAAGGUAUCCCCAACACCGGGUCCUUUGUCCUUACCACGGCAGACUUCAUGAGCCGCGACAACAGGGAGCUACUGGACCUGGAGAUGGGUCUUGUUAUGAUCAACCUCACCAUUCCGGAGCCUCUCUAUGGCCUGGAGAAGUCAACAGCGGUGUGGUCGCGGCCGGUCCCCCUGGCGUGGUACUUCAGGUUCCAGUGGGAGCGGGUCUUCGGCAGCAGCUGGCCCUCCGCGAUGUGCGACCGCUGGAUUGAGAACGACAGGAACCUCAGGAACUUUGCCUACGAGGUGGAGCGGUGCCCGUGUCUCCUGCAGCAGGCGGUGGCGGACAAGGGGCGCUUCCUGCCUGACUUCUCCUGCGACAAGGACGGGAACACUCAAUGCGAUUACCACUUCGGUGCCAUCCACUGCGUCCGCACGGCUCUCCCCAACGAGGACGGGGCGGGCCAGCAGUGUUGUUACGACCGUGACGGAUACCUUAUGAUGACUGCGGACAAGAUGUGGGGAGGCAACCCGCACCGCGCCCACAACCUUGGCAAGACGCCCUUCGAUGAGGCCAACAAGGUGCCUAGUCUCUCCCACUGGUACCACGACGUCAUCCCCUUCUACACGUGCUGUAAGUGGCAGGGCGAACAGUCCCCCGGCUGCGUCACCUACAGGUUUGAACGCCGCGCCUCCCAGGAUUGUGUGGGGUACCAGCCCCCUACUGCAGCUACGGUGUUCGGCGACCCUCACAUCUACACCUUCGACGACUUCCCCUACACCUUCAACGGCAAGGGAGAGUUCGUGCUGGCCCGCGUGGACUCCGUGCGGCACAAGCUGGACGUGCAGGGUCGCUUCGAGCAGAUCUCCCUCAACUACCUGCAUGAAGCCAAGGGUUCCAUGCUGACGGCCGUGGCAGCGCGUGACAACAUAUCCUCUGUGGUGGAGGUUCGGCAGCGGCCCAUUGACGCCAUCUGGAGGUACCACCUGGAUGUGAUCGUGGACGGGCAGCGAGUGUACUUCGAUAGAUACUCCCAGAAAAUUCAACAGUUUAGAGAGUGCGUCGUGUAUACACCAAGCAACGUUCUCAAUCAGAGUCACGUGAUCAUCAUGUUUGCGUCCGGCGCAGGCGUGGAAGUCAUGGAGAACAGGGGCUUCCUUGGGACCAGAAUCUACCUCCCUCUCAGUUUUGCGAACAUCACCCGUGGCCUCUUCGGAAACUGGACCUUUGAUCAGACUGACGACUUCACGCUCCCUGACGGCACUCUAGGACCCGCUUCUGAGGCCGCGGACAUGAAGGCGGUGCACACUUACGGCAUGCAGUGGGUGCUGGACGACAAGGAGCGGGACUACGUAGGGCGCUCUCUCUUCAACCACGACAACUACCGCUCCAGUAAUUACUACUACGAUGCGGAUUUCGUGCCCGAGCUGAAUCUGAAGCCGGAUCUGUCUGUCAAUGCAACCACGAGGAAUGAAGAGAUCAAGAGGGUGUGUGGUGACUCCUACCAGUGUCACUUCGACUUCGUGGUCACACUUCGCCGGGACUUCGCUGACAUGACCAAGUACUACCAGGACCAGUUCGUCAACAUCAAACAAGUGGGCCUGGUUACCGUGGUGUCCUGCGGCGCCCUGCCUACACCCCCGAACGGCAGAAAGUCCACCUUUAACUUCCUGAGCGGCGCGGAGGUGAAGUUCGACUGUGACCCGGGCUACGUUCUGUUGGGGGAGCAGCGACGGUGGUGCUACGCCUCUGGAGACUGGAACUGGCCCGAGGACGGCGAGGCUACGUGUGUCUCCGAGGCGGAGUACCUGACAAUGCAGGGCGGCAUCACGGCGGGCACGGUGCUGGCAGUUCUUCUCCCUGUCCUCAUCGCUCUCCUCUGCUACGCCUCCUAUGUGCGGAACAAGGACCGCAAGGACUACCAGGAGCCUGCGUUCGUGCGUGCCGGCAGCAGGAAGAUCAAUCAGUUCUUCAGAAACAGCAACAGGAGAUACGGCUCUGAAUCGCGCCAGGUGCCCUUGAGAGACCCUGGGAACGGUGGCGGGAGCAGCGUUGGCGGCAAGCGGACGCCAGAUACACAAAACAGCGACGAUACUCCGGUGUAGCUGCAUGGCGCUGGUUCGCGCCAGCCUCGGGCUGGGCGCGGGCAGUGGGUACGAGAGGGCAGUAGGUUACAUAAUGGGUAGAGAGAACAGGCUGAGUCGUGCGUUGUAUAUCCGUAUCCUCAAACGCUUCACCUCUUCACCUCUGCUUUUAGGUCUCUACGUAAUUGAAGUUAUUAGGGUUUUCAAGCGUGUUUAUACAUUUCUAGUGAUAGUUUGACAAGGAUUCCGUUUAGUCAUUUGGAGAAAACACCCAUGAGGAUCCAACAAAUCACUUCUGCGGCCUUUGAAAACAGUCCUGUCGAGAACCCGCAGCGUUAAAGAGUACGAACCGGGAAGCGACGCCUGUCAAUGUGAGGAGUGAGGCGAGGCGCGGCAGGGACGAGGACAGAACAGGGACACUGAGGACACCAUCGCAUUCCACAAUCCCACACGUCACACCCCUAUACGUCUUGUAGUGUUUAAUAACCCCGUGGACUCAAAAUAUUCAGUAACUCUCUAAAUAAAACCUCCAGGCCUUGCAUUUGACAUCAGUGGAAGGUGGCUGCACUGUCCACCGUCCUGCGAGAACCAGCAUUCCACUACCUCACCUGUCCCACCUGUCCUCAUCACCUGCCGUGGCGGAGUGCGGGGCGUGUGGGGAUAGACUAGCUCUCCGUCUCGUCCGUGAAUGUUUGUGUUCCUCCCUCACCCUAACCUAACCUUACCUACGUCCCUUUCUUCGUGAACAUCAGGACAAAGCGUUAGUGUGUGUGUGUGUGUGUGUGUGUGUGUGUGUGUGUGUGUGUGUGUGUGUGUGUGUGUAGAGGUUCAUUCAGUCCUCUCUGAUCCUGUUUACUUUUUUUUCUUAUGAAACUGUCAUGAUAGAUUUAUUGCUUUAAUUGUUAGCAGUACAAUAGUGUUAGUUUUAUAGGCUUACUACAUGUAAUUAAUAUUAGCAUUAUCAUUGUUAGUAUGAUAAGCAACACCUCAUCUUAGGGUGCAUUUCUUUUCUUUUCCAUUUUUUUUCUUUGGUAUAUAGUAGAUGAUGUUAUGUCCUAAAAAAAAAAAAAGAUGUUUGCAGCACCGAUAGCCGGGUGAGGUAUGAGUGUGUGACGUGUAGGUUGAGGCACGUGUGUGUGUGUGUGUGUGUGUGUGUGUAUGUGUGUGUGUGAGUGUGUGUGUGAGUAGUACGGUGUGUGUGGAUGCUGUUCCUCUACGACAGGUGUGACCCCCUGCUAAGAGAACACACGAACUACCUGUUUCCUUCAGUAGUGCAGAGAUGGAAAAAAAAUAAUAGAUAAUAAAUCUUACGAACCAGCAAUUCCGUAACUGCGAAGCGUAUUUGGUGUGUGUGUGUGUGUGUGUGUGUGUGUGUGUGUGUGUGUGUGUGUGUACACGAGCCUUAGCGAGGGGCGGAUGGAGCAGUUAGGGAAAGGACCACGCUUUAAGGAGCUCUGUCACAUUGAGCAUCCAAGGAACAAUGACAGCACGACAGUGACACACGCAGCUGGAACGAAUAACGACAAGAACAUGACAACGACACCCCGUAAAGCAACAGAAUAACAAUAACAGAACAACAAUGGCACAGAUAACAACAGAAAUAACAGAAUGGCACAGAAACAACAGAAUAACAAGAAGAUAACAAUACCCCGUGUAGCAUUAGAAUAACAAGUGCACCCUAGGACAGGUGUUCCCAGCCUCAGGUGCACAGACAGCACACAUGUUACUAAGGUGUCACAUAAUUGCACCGGAGCUCUGUACUGAUUCUGAAUUCUCUUUCCUGGUGCCAGUUCAGGAUCAGUGAGGUUAUAAGCCUUCUCUGGCCAUACAAGAGAAGUUUGUUCCUAUAUGUAAGUGCUUAGAGAAUGUUAUCAUGUUUACCUAUCUAUCAUCAUUUAAAAAAAAAAAAAAUAAACACCCGAUAGUAAAAAAAUAAAUAAAUAAAUAAAUAAAUAAAUGACAAAUACGUAAAUAAGAAAAAAAAAGUAAGUGCAGGAAUAUCUUUAGAUGCUUAAUAGAUCAUCUUUGACCAUUAAUGAAAAGCUACACAGCCUAUCCAUCCGAAAAGGAUAUUGCUUAUUACAUAAAUAGGUUCAAUAAAAAGAAAUUAAUAGAUAAAUACACUAAAAUCGGUCAGUAUAUGCGAACACAGCACCAUAUGACCACGUUACUGCGGCGACUUACUAGUAAAUCAAACUGAGACAGAAAUACAAUCUACAGUGCCACUCCUCCCGCCGCCGCUGCCUUCCUGGUCCGCCCUCGCACCAAGGACGUUAUUCUGAAGCACUUCUGCGCCGCACCCACCACUACUUUCAAUGGCUCUAGUUGAAACUACAACGGUUUUUAAGCUGCUUUCACGGUUUCAAAGACAGAUUAACAAGAUUUCUAUGUUAUUAAAAGGAGAAACCGUCUUGAGUCUUGAGAACUCGGGUAAUCAUCUCUAUGGCCUUAGAAAGUAGUCGUGGUGAGAGCAAAGCGUUUCUGCAUGCAGGCCCAGCACCCACCCAGCGAGGCCUUGUGAUUCUGUCGCUGCCCUCGGUGUGUCCCUAGGGCCCCGAAUUCCUACCGUACAACUAUUCUAGCAUUUAUACUUACUUACUUAGCGCUUUGUUAUUUCUUCUGUUUCUAAAUAAAUGGUUAAAUAUCA